AUGACUCGGGAAAAAUCUAGCCUGAAGCCGUUCUUUGUUCGCUUCCCUACUCCAGUUAUUAUCACUAGUCGGGAAUCACCCAUCACUCAACGGCCUCGAAAAAUCAAUGUUGCAAAUAUGACAGCUCUAAAUUUCAGGCCUCAUCCUUACAAGUCUCAAAGUAGUACUCUUUGCUCUACUAUCAUGAAGUUCACGAAUCUCGAAGAUUCUCUUAGACCAGAAUAUUCACUUAGCUCUAGCAUCUAUGACCAGCUGUAUCCCAACAAGUUUGAUGACAAGUCCAGAUGGAAUGUUCAGUGCGGUGUUAGGCCUAAUACGGCAAGUCUGCCGUCCCUACAGGGCGCUCAACUUCGAUUCUGUGGCCGUAUGAUUCGCUCCGAUAUUCGUAUGCAGAAUAGAUGA